AUGGAUUCAACGAAUUGGACGCAGCUAUCUGGACACAAGGGUGCAUUCGUUUUUCACAGUUCAAAAAUUUUGCUCAAAAAAUGUGAACCCGACGACAAUGAAGCCCGUAUCUACAAAUCACUGAUGGGAGACGCAACUAUGAACCGUUUUUUACCAAAGCUUCACAAAAUCUAUAACGUUAAAAAAUCAUGCUUCAUUGCUAUCGACAAUCUAUUGUACGGUUUUGACAAUCCUUCCAUUAUGGAUAUCAAAAUGGGAUCAAGGACUUUCCUGGAGGACGAAGUUUCAAAUGAUGAACUAAGAGCAGAUCUCUAUGAAAAAAUGAUCAAAUUAGAUCCCAGUGUCUUAACUGACGAGGAAAAACAAGUAAAGUCGAUCAAUAAAUUGAAAUAUAUGCAACUUCGGGAGCAAUUGAGUUCCUCAUCGACACUAGGAUUUCGAAUUGAGGCAUUCAAGACCAGGAAUCUUAACAAAAGCAAAGCCGAUUUGUCAUUGGUAAAGAGCAAAAAACAUGUGAGAAAAGUUUUGAAAAAAUUUCUGCCAACUGAUCGAGACAAGUUGGAUAAAAUUUUGAACCGUUUGAAUCUGAUUCAUUCCUCUUUCAAGUGUUCAUCAUUCUUUGGAUCCCAUGAAGUUGUCGGCAGCAGCUUACUGAUCAUUUAUGAUUCUUGUAAAGUGAACAUUUGGAUGAUCGAUUUCGCCAAAACUGUCCCCUUGCCUGAAGGUAUUGUCAUUAACCAUGUUUCCCCUUGGGUCCAAGGUAACCACGAAGAUGGUUAUUUAUUCGGAUUGGAGAAUCUCAUCAAUAUCAUAAAGGAGAUCAAGGACACUGUAUUCAGCGUUUGA